AUGGAAACUUUGCUUUCAUGGGACAGAGGAACUUUCGCGAGUGGUAUUGUUGCAAGAGCUCCAGAACUCUGUGGAUGCAUAGAAGGAUCAUUUUGUGACUAUCUGAGAAACCUCACCGAAUCUGCUGGUGAAAUUGUCCCAUGCAUUGAUGAUGCAGGCCUAGUACCCCCAGAGCAGAGAUGCCUAUGGAAUGUACUCCCUGAGGAGAAUGCAGAAAACAUCGUUUUCGAAAUCGAACCAGGCACAUUUAGUUUCCUGGAUGGAGAAGCUCGGGUGCAAAUAGGAACAGGGAGAAGAGAUCAUUUCCAAGCUGGAAAUCCCGAUGGACUGGAAAUAACAUUCAACGGUCCAGUCGACGAAUCCACGACUGUCAACAUAAUCGGGAGUGAAGCCUGGGUUCAACUUCUUGUCCGAUCAAAAGGCAUACCUCCAUUCUCUUUUACUUAUAACAUCUCUGAUUCAGCACCGCCCUCCUCCGAUCCGACGACGACGGAUGAUACUCCAUCGACGGAUGAUACUCCAUCGACGGAUGAUACUCAAUCGACGGAUGAUACUCCAUCGACGGAUGAUACUCCAUCGACGGAUGAUACUCCAUCGACGGAUGAUACUCCAUCGACGGGACCAGCGGGUGAAUCAAGUCCCAGCCCAACCGAAGCGUCCACGACUCCCGCACCAGAGGGACACAAUGGGAUUCUGAGGGAAAAUGCUGAGCUAGUCAAUCUUCCCCGUGAACGAAUCAGACUGAAGUCUACCUUGCGGGGGCGCUUUGGGUCUGGUCGUCUGAAGGUGUAUGGGUCGUCCGAAGUGAAGCCCGAGAAUGGAUUUGGUGGUGAUUCGUGA